AUGCCGUCUACGAUCCGGCCUCGUCCAUCAUCCCCCACAAACGAUAGAGCACCAGCACCCAAAAAGCUGAAAGGGGAUGCCACCACAAAUUUACAUGAAUCAAUCAACCUCCCCACCCCUCAACAACUUCACGCGUACAGAGAAGGUUAUCUGCAAGCUUCCCCAUAUAAAUAUGCUGCUAUCGAAGGCCUAUUAGACGAUGAUCUACUCGAAUCCGUCGUUGAAGAAUCAUGGAAUUAUGGUAUAAGAGGUGACGAAGCAAGUUAUCCAGGAUGGGGAUGGGAGCAGAAAGAGACCGAUAUAUACAGCAUCCAACAAACACCGGAUCUAUCAUCACUUGAUCCGGCUCAUUUGCCUGAUGAGACCCUCGAAGCUUUACCCAUGACCACGAGGUUGAAGAACGCUCUUUACUCUCAAGAAUUCAGAAAGCUCGUUCAGGAAGUUACUGGAUGUGGACCCUUGUCAGGAAAGAAGACUGACUUAUCAGCUGGACUCUAUACUCAAGGAUCCCAUUUACUCCUACAUGACGACUCAAUUUCCACUCGUCUCAUCUCAUAUAUCCUCUACCUUCCCAACUCGCCGCUAGACGCCCCAAAAGCUGAUGUGGAACUGACUCCAUCAGCAGAUGGGAAAUUCCUCAAAGGUUGGGAUCCUAAAUGGGGUGGUUCUCUCGAACUUUUCCCUGUAGAGAAUGGAGAUGAAGUCGGGCCUCCCGGAACAAAGAGAGUCGCAAAAGUAGACGUAAAAUGGGGUCAAAUCGUAUUUUUUGAGGUUCAACCCGGUAGGAGUUAUCACUCCGUCGAAGAGGUCAUUAUCGACGAAGGCAGACAAAGAAUGGGUGUCAGUGGAUGGUUCCAUCGACCGACCAAAGGCGAAGAGGGUUAUGAACCUCUUGAUAGGGAGAAGAUGAAGGCUGAGCUCAGUUCCUUGGCUCAAAUUACCGCUGCUCCAGCACUCCCAUUUACACCUUACGGUUCAGAACCUCCGGCCGGUCUGAAGCCAUCUGAUCUUUCGUUCUUGGCCGACUAUAUCGCCCCCUCCUACCUCACAGUCGGCACGCUCGAAAAACUAUCAGGUCAAUUUGCCGAAGCCUCUGAGAUUGUCUUACACAACUUCAUCGCUCCUGAACUCGCUGCUAAGCUCAAAGCAGAGACAGAAAGUGUCGAUAAGAGGGAUUACCCGAAUGACUUGAUUCCCGCUCAAGAUAUCGGUGAGGGAGACGGAUGGAUCAUUCAAGGACCUGCUUCCAAGCAUCGAUACCUCAACAUAACCGGAACAUCAACGAGCACACCCAUUUUCCAAUCUAUUCAUCAAGUACUUUUCCCCUCAGAAGCAUUCCGAGCGUGGUUAUCAGUCGUUUCAUCCCUUGCUCCUUUAGGAUAUCGAAGUGAAGGUCGUCGAUUCAGGAAAGGUCUCGACUAUACUCUUGCCAGUGGCGAAGAUGGUACUGGAGAUGCAAGGUUAGACGUUUCAUUGGGUACAACUUGGUGGGCUGAUGUACCAUCUGGUUCGGAUGAAGAAGAUAAAUUACUUGAUCAUGGAGGAUGGGAAUGUUAUCUCGCCGCACCUGAUGAGGGUGAAGAUCCCGCUGUAUACCAAUCGUCCCACGCAAAGAAACUAGCAAAGCUCGAAGCUGAAGAAAACGGUAUCAAACCAAUCGAGAGUGUUGCGCCCAACAAAGAAAAGAAAGAUACUCACCCUAUCGAAGCUUCAACGGCGACGAUUGAAUCGGAUCAUGACGAGGCUCCAGCAUCUACAGCAGAAGCGAAGAAGCAUACGACCAAACCUCAUCCAGUAGAAGCUGCUACAGCAGAUAAAGAUGGUCCAUCAAUAAGUGUAAAUGGAACUGAAUUAGAAUUUGAUCCGGAUCAAUUUUCACCAUCAGAUUUCGAUUCUGAUUCUGAAAUGGGUGAUGACGAUGAUGGACCCCUUCUCACUCAGCCUGUCAGCUUCAAUAAACUCUUGUUGGUACUGAGAGAUCCAGGUGUCAUGAAAUUCACAAAAUAUCUCAGCGCAAAAGCAAAAGGAAGUAGAUGGGACGUAAGUGGUGAAUGGGAAGUUGGGGUUAUGGAAGAAGCAGAAACUGAUUAG